GGUCUUGUUAAACGUUGAAAGUUUUGGCUAAAACUUAUUAACGUCAGAAGAUGUGACUAGCUUAAAACUAGUGUGAGCUGCGUCGGUGUUUCUAAUGAAACAGUAAUGAUAAAAAGGUAGAUUAUACACCGUGAAAAAGAUGAAAAAACUUACUGACGUUUCGGACGCUAGUCCUUCGUCUUAUUAACGUCAUGAAAGUUCCGUUCCACAAGGUAGGAUAAUUCCUCUAGAAACAUGUCUUCCAAUGCUGUCUAACAUAAAUUUCAGCUAACAGUUCGAGAACACAAGCUUUCUUGAUUUUCGUAAAUAAUUCGUAAGUUUCCUGGUUUAUUAGGCCAUAUGCUCUAUCAUUUUUUCAUUCUUUCUGUUCCCCUUAUCGGAUAUCUGAAGUUGGCGUGACAUAUGUUAGACGUUGCGUGACAUGAUUCAUAUGACAUGACUGCAGAUCACAUGAAACAAAUGUGAGCCCUGCUGCCAGGCAUUGCAAAAGAUCACCAAGAGAGCUUUCAAAUACCAUACAAGUACGUUUGGCGUUACAAUUAAAUUCUGAAGUAAGGUGUAUAUACAAGGAAGACCAUGCCAUCAUCAUCGUUCUGUGUCAUCGUGGUCCUAAUAUCCUUAGUUGCCUCAACUCAUUGCCAAUACAUACCUACCUGGGAGUCCCUUGACUCCAGGCCCCUCCCAUCAUGGUAUGACGAUGCCAAGUUUGGUAUAAUAAUGCAUUGGGGACUAUACUCCGUGCCAAGCUUUGGUGUGGCUGCAGAGUGGUUCUGGAAUUACUGGAAAAGUGGCUCUCCACAGUACCAGGAAUUCAUGACUAAGACGUAUGGCCCUAGCUUUCAGUAUGCAGACUUUGCACCGAUGUUUAAAGCAGAGCUUUUUGAUCCUGAUGUCUUUGCAGCACUUGUUGAAAAGUCAGGAGCGAAGUACUUUCUUCUUACGAGUAAACACCACGAAGGUUGGACCAACUGGAGAUCAAACGUGUCAUGGAACUGGAACUCGGUGRAUAAUGGACCCCACAGGGAUCUUGUGGGUGAAUUGGCAGACAGUAUUCGAGCCAACACGGACGUCAAAUUUGGACUUUAUUUUUCUCAAUUUGAGUGGUACRAUCCAUUGUUCUUGAAGGACAAGUCCUCUGGAUACAAGACGAAUACAUACGUAGAGGAAAUCUCCCAACCUCAGUUACACGAUAUUGUCACAAAAUACAGACCUGAGUACAUUUUCUCUGAUGGGGAUGUUGGUCCACCCGAGUACUGGAAGAGUUUGGAAUUCUUAGCUUGGUUGUAUAAUGAAAGCCCUGUCAAAGAUACAGUUGUUGUCAAUGAUCGAUGGGGUUCAGGAGUAUGGUGCAAACAUGGUGGCGUAUGGACCUGUAGUGAUCGAUAUAAUCCAGGUGUUCUACUCAAACACAAGUGGGAGAAUGCCAUGACAGUUGACAAGAUGUCCUGGGGGCUUAGGCGUGAUGCUGAUAUAUUUUCCUACAUGUCGAUAGAGGAACUGAUAUAUCAAUUGGCUUCCACGGUCAGUUGUGGUGGCAAUAUGCUUCUCAACGUUGGACCAAGUGCCGAUGGCCGCAUUGUACCUGUAUUCCAGGAACGAUUGGUCCAGAUAGGUACCUGGCUUGAUGUGAAUGGCGAAGCCAUCUAUGGAACACGACCAUGGAGAGUACAGAAUGACACCAAUGACAUCUGGUACACAAAGAAACCUGGCGCUCUUUAUGCCAUUGUAUUGAAAUGGCCAAGCAAGUCUAAUAAAGUAGUUCUUCGAGAGCCCAUCGCGUCUUCAAAGACCGAAGUCACAAUGUUGGGUUUUUCAGGCACCUUUGGCUGGAAGGCUACGAGCCCUAAAGGUAUCGUUAUUGAUGUUCCUCCAAUACCUAUAGAUACACUGCCAUCCAAGUGGGCUUGGGUGUUCAAGAUCAUCAAUAUCUCAUAAUUAAAACCCUGAAGUCUUGAUAUACAACUGAGAAUAAAGACCGUUAUGCAUCCAUAAA